AACAAUCACGUCAAAACGAAGAAAUGGCAGAAAAGGAGCGGCGAAUCCUGGUGGCCGUGGACGAAGGAGAGGAGAGCAUGUACACCCUCUCCUGGUGCAUCCACAAUCUCGUUUUCCCAAAUUCCAACGAUAUACUCAUUCUCCUCCACUGCAAGCCCCCUCGUCCUGUUUUUCCCGCCUUAGAUGGCACCGGAUAUCUGUUCUCUUCUGAUAUAUCGGUGACAGCGGAGAGGUGCAGCGACCGAGUGGAGAAUGGUGUCGUCGAGAGAGCCCAGAAAUUGUGCGUGAAUCUGCAACAGGUGAAGGUGGAGACGAGAGUGGAGAACGGGGAUCCGAGGGACGUGAUCUGUGAGAUGGCGGAGAAGCUGGGGGCUGAUGUGCUGGUGAUGGGAAGCCAUGGGUAUGGCCUCAUCAAGAGGGCUCUCCUCGGGAGUGUCAGCAACCACUGUGCUCAGAACGUCAAGUGCCCUGUCCUCAUUGUCAAGAAGCCUAAAACUUCGCUUCCCCCUUCCCACUCCUGAUUCAUUCGCUUCCUUCCUUCUUUCUCCCUCCUGUGCUGUCCUGUUUACGUUGUAAUGUUUGUUUAUGUUUUCCAAUCCAGUUUCAUUUUGAAAAUAAAGCACACUCAUUGUUGCUGA